AUGGCCGCUUCGUCUCUGAAGCAUCCAGAAUGGAAGCAUAUCUCUGGUCCUAACCCGUAUACCGUCUUCACGAAAUCGAUACAGAAGUCCCCGCAAGAUGAUAGAGAAUAUAGACUCAUACAGCUCCAGAACGGUCUCCAAUCCAUGCUAGUGCACGAUCCGAAGGCAGACAAGGCAGCAGCAAGCUUAGACGUCGCCGUGGGCCAUCUGUACGACCCAGAUGAUAUGCCAGGUCUUGCCCACUUUUGCGAGCAUUUACUAUUCAUGGGGACGGAACAGUACCCAAAGGAUAACGAGUAUUCGGAGUAUCUCGCCAGGAACAAUGGCAGCUCAAAUGCAUACACUGGCACGUCCAACACAAACUACUACUUCAGUGUGGCCACCGCUGCGCUGCCAGGGGCGCUCUCACGGUUUGCGGCGUUCUUCCAUUCUCCUCUCUUUUCACCGUCGUGCACGUCGCGUGAGCUCAACGCGGUAGACUCUGAGUUCAAGAAAAACCAUCAGUCGGACAUCUGGCGUAUCUUUCAGGUAAAUAAGCACCUCAGUAUAGACGGCCAUCCUUGGCGCAAGUUUGGGAGUGGAAACCGGGAGAGUCUUGAGCGGGUUGGCAUGGAACUUAAGGCGGAGGGGUUGUUAAACGGGAACGGGAACAGGAAUGGGGCAACGGAAUCGGCCGGUAGCAGUCUCGCUGUGACGCCAAGCUCGUCUCGCGCCCCCUCACCUACUCCGUCGUCCAGCUCAGAGCUGGAAGGCGACGGAGGUGUGGUGGGUCGCGAGACGAGACGGCGAUUGGUCGAAUGGUGGAGCAAAGAGUAUUGUGCAAGCAGGAUGCGGUUGUGCGUUAUCGGAAAAGAGCCUCUGGACGAACUCGCGGAUAUGGUCGCUGAAUUGUUUUCGCCAAUCCCAAAUCGUGCACAGGAUCCCCUUCCAAAGAUCAGCCAGCAUCCUUUCGGACCGAAGGAGAUGGGGACGCUUGUCUCCGUCCAGACUGUCAUGUCCUUCCACGCUGUUGAGAUAUCGUUUCCACUGGACUAUCAGCCCCCGCAUUGGAAACAUGAACCCGCGCACUUUCUCUCACACUUCCUCGGACACGAAGGCCCUGGCUCGCUCCAUUCGUACUUAAAGAACAAAGGUUGGGUAAGUGCUCUGAGUGCAGGUCCACAGCUCCUCGCAAGAAAUUUCGCGAUGAUGAAAGUUACGCUGCACUUGACUCCGGAAGGUUUCGAGAACUAUCGUGCUGCAAUGCUUGUGGUAUUCAAGUAUCUGUCGCUACUUCGCGCAUCACCCUUUCCCGCAUGGAACCAACGUGAACAGAGUAAAAUCAGAGCCACACGCUUCCGCUUUGCAGAGAAGCGCAGGCCAGACGACUAUGCAGUGUGGGUGGCGGAGCACCUCUCGUGGCCAGUACCGCCUGAGCUUCUUCUGAGCGCUCCGCAAUUGGUGUGGGAGUGGGAUGACUCCGACCCUGUGAAUGGAGGAGAGGGAGAGAUGCGCGAAGUGCUGGAAUCGCUGAGGGCGUUUCGAGGUCGGGCGGUCCUCAUGGCGAAGGCCGAGGAAUUUGAGAGGGUUAUGGGCAAAGAUUUAACGUGGGAGCAUGAGUCGUGGUAUGGGACACCAUACAGGGUCGAGCGACUGAAUAGCGCCUUUGUUGCGGAGGCAGAAAGGCCGAACGACAUACCAGAGCUUUUCCUCCCAGGUCCCAACGAGUUCAUUCCCGCCAAUUUAGAUGUAGAGAAACGUCCUGUGGACCAACCAUCAAAGCGCCCUCGCCUGAUUCGAGAAACACCUCUUUCCAGUCUUUGGCACAAGAAGGAUGAUCAAUUCUGGGUACCCAAGGCGCAGGUUGUUAUGGAGAUCCGCAGCCCUGCAUCCAACACUUCAGCAAGAGCAUGUGUGUUGACGCGUCUGUUUGCUGACCUCGUCAACGAUUCUUUGACCGAGUUCGCGUACGACGCAGAUCUAGCAGGGCUCAGCUACAGUUUCUCCUCACACGCACUUGGUGUCUACGUAACCUUGUCUGGCUAUAACGACAAGCUGCAUGUUCUCGCCAGGGAUGUUGUUAAACGGGUUAAGAACCUGCAUAUCAAGGCUGAUAGGCUCCAAGUUAUGAAGGACCUGGCGAAGAGGGACUGGGAGAAUUUCUUCCUUGGCCAACCGUAUCGUCUGUCUGACUAUUUUGCUCACUAUCUCACGAUGGACCAGCAAUGGACGUUUGCAGAGAAAUUAGAGGAGAUUGAAUCAAUCACCGUUGAGGAGCUUCAAGCCCAUGUUCCACAGCUCCUGUCAAAGCUUUAUAUGCGCAUGUUGAUUGUGGGCAACAUGCACAAAGACGAUGCCGUGCGUCUCGCGGAGAUGACGGAGAACAUUCUGCAAUCGUCUCCCAUACAUCCUUGUGAGAUGUUAGAUCGAGCACUCCUUCUUCCCUGCGGUGCAAACCAUGCAUGGACCAUGGAUGUGCCCAACACCAACGAACCUAACUCCUCUCUUACGUACUAUUUGCACCUCGGCAGUCUCAUCGAACCUCGCUCUCGUGUCACGUCUGCUCUUCUGACUCAAAUUCUUAGCGAACCUGCGUUCAAUGUCCUCCGGACGAGGGAGCAGCUUGGCUACGUUGUCUCGUGCUCGCAAUGGCCCUCCUCUGGGGACGGAGAGACCGGGCUGCGAAUAGUCGUGCAAAGCGAGCGGAGUCCGGUAUACUUGGAGGAACGCGUGGAUGCAUUUUUUGACGAGAUGAAGGAAAAGAUAGAAGAGAUGCCGGAGAAAGAGUUCGAGGAGCAGAAGGGUGGGCUGGAACGCCGCUGGAGAGAAGGAGUGAAAAACCUGGCCGAGGAAACGGGCAGGUAUUGGACGCACAUCGACUCUGGAUACCUGGACUUCUUGAGACGUGAGAGCGACGCGCUCCUUGUGAAGAGCAUCACCAAGGAAGAUGUCCUGUCACUGUUCAUGUCCCGUGUCCACCACUCGUCCCCUUCCCGGGCGAAACUGUCCGUUCACGUUCGCUCGCAGAAGAAGCCCGUGCAAAGGAUCAGCAUUCCCGCAAUGAAGGCGCUCGAAGCCAUACUUACACAACGCGGGAUACAUAUCACAGACACAGAGGGAUGGCGUGAACUCACCAAAGAUGGCGAGCCUCUUGUGAGCCAGUUCGUCCAGUACUGGCAGGACACGUUCGGAGGGAUCUCACCUAUUCCCCCGGAGCUUGCCCAAGAUGCAAUGUCCUCGCUUUCGGCGCUGAUGGAAAGGUAUCCCACUCAAAGUAAAGAGGAGGAAGAAAAUGUCAAGGAGGGUGUGACCAUGAUCAAAGACCCGAAGGCCUUCAAGGCGUCUUUGAGGAAAUCGGAUGAACCAAGGCCGUUGGUCGACUGGGGCGACCUUCCGACAUCUAAAUACUGA